CCGAGCAUCUAGCGUCGUGGCACCUCAAGUAGAAUUCAAAUAACGGAAUAUCACUAUCUUCGUUGUAGGUAGUUCAUAUAUUCAACUAACCCUUGUAUGAGAACCAACCAUGCAACACAACGCGCCUCACCUUUCCGCUACUUUUGAGGGGUGGUAUUCCAAAUUCACCCUUCCAUCCGGUGCUUCAUUAGCUCUCAUAGUAUGCAGCGUUCCUAAUGCCACGCGCAAACCACACAUGGUGUGCCUCACAUACGUGCCUAGAGAUGCCUCAAAGAUCUUCCAAAGUGAGCUCUGGGUGGACAACAUCGAACGACUCCACACAGGCCCGGGCAACGCAUUCGAACUCCGCGUCCCUGGCAUCGGUCAUGUCCGAUGCGAUCCAGACUCUGCAACCUCCUACCAAUUCUCGCACCCGUCCUUCUCUUUCAGUGCCAAAACACGCACCCACACGCCGUGGCAUUCAUCGAAGUCCACCCCAGAGGGCCUCCUUGUCCACUUGCCCCUCCCUCUUCACUGGCACGUGCAAUCCCUCGCAUCCGAGUGCGACUUCGAGCUCCAAGUACCUUCGCUCGGUCUAUCAGAGCUUCCUGAUUCUGACCGCUCCGGCCAAGCUACCGUGCACCAAGAGAAAAAUUGGGCCAACAGCUUCCCUAGAGCGCACAUCUGGAUCCAAGCCCGCGAUAACGACCGCGAUGGCGCUCAUGGCAUCUGCCUCGCAGGCGGGCAAGUGUUAGGAAUGACGGCCUACUUACUGGGUUACCGCGGGAUCAACCCAUUGCACAGCAUUGACUUCACGCCGCCUUACGCACUCAGCGUCUUUGGUUUGAGCCCGUUCAUGUCGGUGACCCACGACUGGGAGAAGCGGCGGUUCGCACUCAGCGUGCAGGGCUUGUGGCAGAAGGUUGCGGUUAAAGCGACUGCACCGGCGGGGACCUUUUUUGCGCUCGCGGCACCGUUUGCUGAGGGCUUUCGGGAUAACUUUCUCGCAGAGAGUUUUGCUGCGACGGUGGAGGUGGAAGUUUGGAGAAAGGUUGGAUGGGGAAGUUGGUUUGGUUUUGGACAGUGGCGGCUUGUGUGUAAGGAUCGGUUUGAGGGGGCGAGUUUGGAAUUUGGGGCGGAGUAUUAUCCGUGUAGGGGGAGUGAGAAGAAGAGGAAUUGAAAAGGAUGAAUCAUUCAUUCAUUGGCGUGGUUCUAUUACUCAUGUUCCCUCGGAGGCCUAGAUCUCAUAAACAUAAUAGAAGACUAGAUUGAAGCUCAUUG